AUGAACCUGAUCCAACCUGCUCGAGAGAUGACGCGCCAGCAAAUGAUUGUUUCUGCUGGUGUGGGCUUUUGGGGAGGACUUUUCCCUGUGCCACCCUGCACGAUGCCGGCUACACUCUUCUGCAUCACCAUGUAUUCCGCCGGGGUGCCGCAGGUCCAGCGCUUCAGCUUGCCGAUGGCUAGCGUGGCAGUCAUAAUCAACGAGCUUUCCCUUCCUGCGGACCUUGCGAUGAUGCCUUGCUUUAUCAAGCUGGGGCAAAGCGCCUACCGAAGCCUCACUGGCCAAGAUCUUGCCCCGUGCAGCGAGGUGCUCAGAGACCUUCAGGAGAGGCCCGUGGAGACACUUCGACACUUCAGCACGUCCUUCGGGCUUGGCAUUGCUGUUUGGACGGCGAUGACACCUCUGGUGCUAGGCACACUACGGCAGCGGACAGCUUGGACGAUCACGCCCGAGAGCGAGCCUGACACGGUCGAGACGAGCCACGCAGCGCACGCGGCCGAUGAUGGCUUCUUCAAUACGGGCCUUCGUUUGCAGGCGGCAAGUCUCUGGACGGUGCGCGCUUGGCUGGCGUUGCAGCUGCUCUCGCUCGUCCUGCAAUGGCACUUUUGGCAAGAGGUGAAGUCGAAUUUGGAUUUGUUUGAUGAGACUCUGGCUGUGCACUGUGCGCCUGAUUCCUCCCAGCAUGGUGUUUGUUUUGGUCCAAUCUGGAAUAUUUCCGCCUGGCAUGAGUUCGUUCUGCACGGGAAGUUGGCCAGAGCUUGGCAUGUGGAUUUACCCCUUUCAGCUCACUUGCGAACACGUUUCGCAAGUGGCCACAGUGCCAGCAUCGACUCGAUCUCUGCCAUUGACGCAGAGAUUGCCCAGCUGCAACAGGAGACGGCCGAGCGCGUGAAGCAGCUGCGUGAGAGGCGUGCUGAGCUGGAGGUCCUUCAAGGGCUUGUGCCUUCAGGGCUCAACCACACAGUCACAGGUCGUGCCUUCAAUUCGACCUAUAUCUUUGAGUUCGAAACUCGCUCCUCACCUCCCGUUUUCCUUCUCUCGUUGAACCCCAUCGCGCGGUCACAUCGUGUGGGGGAGCUUCCGCCCACUCUGGCUCCAUCACACGAUGAAGAAGGCAACGACCAGUGGCCAUGGUCUCUGCACGUUCGAAGACUUGAGCCAGCGCAAGCAACGUCCGACUUUCAGCGGUUCGGUUCAGGCGAGAAGGUGAUCACAAUCGAGGACCAAUCAGUCGAGGCAGUUGCUGCCGUGCGCCAACACGGGCACGUCCGCUGGCAGGUGAUGGUGCAGAGCUCGGACUUAUCGGGCAAGCAGACCCGCUUCGUGGUAUUCGUCGAAGACUUCCAAGCGUCACAUCUUGAUGCUAUCUAUGCCAAUUCCCAGUGCUCAUUAACGAAAGCGUGGAAGGCCUUCAACAAGCAGCACCAAGGGCAUCAUCACUAUGCUCUGGUGUGGUGCAGGACUCUGCUUGGAAACCUUCUCCCGCUAGGCAUGCUGGCCACCUUUGCAUCUUGA